UAGGCGCUUCCGGGUUCCAAACACCCAUCACCAUGCCGGUACUCCGCAAUGAAGAUGUGCCCGCACACCACGCCUCAAAACUCGUCGUCCAUCUUCUCCACAUAUCCGAAAUUAUUUUUCCCAAGCUCAACGCCAUCGGCACGUUUGGAAAUCUCGUCAUGACCGCCGCAAUUCUUCGCCAGGGUUCUUCAGCCUCGCCGGAGCUUUCACGAAAGCUACCCUUUGUUGCCUCUUCCCUGGCGCUGUCCAUCGGUGUCACUAUCUAUGCCUUGACCGUCAUGGUUCCUGUCAACUCGACCAUGAAGGAGAUGGCCAGCCGGAUGAAGAGAGACGAGAGCGACAAAGAAGCGGCUCGCGUGUUCCGCGAAUGUCAGGCACGGUGGCAGCGUAACAACAUGGGACGGGCAUUGCUAAUGAUUGCCGGUGCAGUUGUUAGUAUCAUUGGCCUCAUUGCUUGAACAGCACAUUUCAAAAAUGCGCAAAGGGAUUGACAGCUUGAUGGCGAUGCGAUCGAUCACUUUCCCGCUUGCACUUGGCGUACGUCAAGUCCGACUAAUCAAUGGUGUCGAGACUCCGCACGAGAGUGACUUUUUACGGAGAUGCAAAGAAGCAUGUGCUAGCGGCUAGAUGUAGUUCUUUU